AAACGAACGAACGAACGACCGACCAGAGAGAGGAGAUCUCCACCCUCCUCAACACCGCACAUCCCGCCGCGUUGGAGGCUGCAGCUGCAGGGCCACCGUCUCCUCCGCCGCACGUUCGCCAGCCGUUGGCAUUCGGCCGGCGAGCCGGCGAGCCGGCUGGCAUGGGUGGAUCGGCCGUGAAUUGCGCCGUGCAGAACGUGUCCCUGGACACGCUCUUCCUCAUCGUCAUCCAGGGCGCCGCCGUCAUCGUGCUCGGCAAGUUCAUCCACCUCUCCCUCCGGCGCCACAACCUGCCCAGCGCCAUCUCCCAGAUCGUCGCCGGUGUCGCCGUCGGCAGCCUGGGCCUGCACGACAUGGUCGUCCACGUCGAGGUCCAGAACGUGGAGGACACCUACGGGUGGUACGUCUCCGAGGCCCGCAUCUUCUACAUGUUCUACGUCGGCCUCGACGCCGACCUCGCCGCGCUCUGGAACGACGCGCACCGCUGCACCGUCGUCACGUACGCCAGCGUCGCCACCUGCCUGCUCCUCGCCGCCUUCGUCUCCGGCGGCAUCUACGGCAGCAUGAUGCACACCCCGGUCAGGUCCCCCGAGCUGCUCUCCGCCGUGCUCAUGCUCACGCUGGCCAACACCGCCUCCGUCGACGUCUCCAGGAUGGCCGCCGAGCUCGACCUCACGGCCACGGGCGGCGGCCGGCUCGCCGUCUCCACGGCGAUCGCCACCAACAUCAUCUGCAUCGUCGGGGAGGGGGUGUUCUCGUGCAUGAAGCUGGCGUCGAGCAGGACGCCGGGGUACAGCGCGUCGGAGCGGCUGGGGAUGGGCGUGCUCGCGCUGCUCAAGGUGGGCGUCACCAUGGCGCUGCUCCGGCCGGUGGCAGCGUACAUGAACCGGCGCAACGCCGGGCGCCACCGCAUCGGGAACUGGGAGCUGGUGCUGCUGCUCGUCGCCGUCUCCUUCGUCGGCAACUUCCCGGAGCACGCCGGGUUCGACGGGGUGCCGGCGAGCCUCCUGCUGGGGCUGGCGUUCCCGAGGGAAGGGCCCGUGGCGAGGAGCGUCAUGGACGCCAUCGCCUACCCGCUCCACGCCCUGGCGCUGCCCUUCUACUUCGGCGCCAUGGGCAUGAGGAUCAACUUCGGCGCCAUGUCCGGCGCCAUCGUCGUGCCCGCCGUCCUCCUCACGCUGCUCGGCCUCUUCGGCAAGUGCGCUGGCACCAUGGCCGCCGCCAGGUACCUCAAGAUGCCGCUCGCCGACGCCAUCCGCCUCGGCGUCCUGCUCAACAUCAAGGGCCACGUCAACAUGAUCGACAUGAGCUUCGCUAGCUCGGAAGGGGUAACGUGUUUGCACCCGACGUCUAGCUUAGCCACCACAAUGGCGCCACUAAUUUGGCCGCGCGUGCAGAUAUGGGCGGAGCAGGCGCUCAUGGCGAUGGUCGUCGGCAGCAUCAUAAGCACCGUCGUCGCCGGGCCGGUGUUCGCCGUGCUGUUCCGGAAGGAGAAGGAGGCGUACGCGUGCAGCGACCAGGCGCUCGAACACAUGGCGCCGGACAAGGAGUUGCGCAUGCUCGCCUGCGUGCACGGCGCGCGCGGCGCGCCGGCGAUGCUCAGCCUCCUCGAGCUCCUGGCGACGACGCCCCGCGCGCAGCCCACCAUCCACGUCCUCCACCUGUUCGACGCCAGCCGCAAGCACGUCGGCCCGAAGCGCUACCACCAGCGGGUCCAGGACAGCGACAAGCACAUUGACCGCCGCAUCGACGACGCCACGCAGGUGAACUGGGCCGUCGACGUGUUCACCUCCGUCACCGGCCUCGCCAUCCGCCAGUUCGACGUCGGCGACCGCGGCGCCGCCAUGAAGAACGCGAAGAACAUCCACCGCCGCUUGGAGGAAGUCCGCGCCGGGCUCCUGUUGUUGCCGUACCACAAGGAGCAGCGCUACGACGGCAAGAUGGUCUGCCGGCGAGACGACCGCUGCGAGCUCAACCGCAAGGUGCUCGAGCUCGCCCCGUGCACCGUCGGCGUCUUCGCCGACCGCCCGUUCUGGAGGGGCGGCGCCAGCUUCCGGCUGCCGACCAAGAUAUCAACGAGCGAGGAGACGACGGCGGCGAGGAACCAAGGCGACCAGAAGGCGGGGACCCAGAUCGCCGCCGUCUUCCUCGGCGGCCCCGACGACCGGGAGGCGGUGGCGUUCGCGUGCCGCCUCGCCAAGAACGACGGCGCCAUCAGGCUGACCGUCAUCCGCCUCGUGCUAGGCGUCGCCACCAACGAUGACCACCGCAUCCCGACGACGAGCGCCGCCAAUCACAUCGGCAUCUACGACGACGACGACGAGGACGGCGGCGAGGAGGAGGUGCUGUCCGUGGUGGUUCAAGACGACGACCCCGACGAGCGGUGCGUGUCGGAGCUGCGGCGCGAGUACGUGGCGAAGGAGCGCGCGGAGUACGUGGAGAGGGCGGUGAGCGGGGCGGUGGACGUGGCGGCGGCGUUGCGCGCGACGGCGGGGGCGUUCGCGCUCGUGGUGGUGGGGCGCGGCGGGCGGCAGCCGCCGGAGCUGGUGGUGGGGCUCGAGGGGUGGGUCCAGAUGAUCGAGUACCCGGAGGUGGGCCCGGUCGGGGAGAUGCUCGCGUCGGAGGAGUCGCUGGAGAUGGGCUCCGUGCUCGUCGUGCAGCAGAGGACGGCGCCGCCGCCGCCGUUUCAUCUCAACAUUCCGCCGGCGAUCUGACACGCUACAUACAAAACGUACAAAAAAAAUUAAAUCAGUGUAAGGAUUAUUAUAGCUGUGUAUAUUUAGAGCGUGGUAGAAGACUAGAUCAAAUUUUGUAUUCAGUAAAAUUCGGGGAAAAAGAAACGACGAAAUAGUUAACAAAUGCAGGGUCAUUGCCUCAUUGGUCGCUUUCUCAAAUCGGUUUUGCUAAAUUACUCCCUUUCGCGCGCUUUCGUCGUAAAAUUUUUGUUAUUCGCAAGCUAAGGGGUAUUUGAUGCCGCCACGCCUUCGCUUCAAUUCGUCCCCCAGAAUUUUCCGGCGUUGAUGCGGCAGCUGCGCCAUGGCCACGCCAUCCUCUCCGGCGAAUGCGCUCGUGGCGGCGACGGUCGCCGCCAGCGCCAUCAACCCCCGGCGUGGUGUUCUCGCAAAACUUCCCCGAGGUCGCGUUCUGCUACGACGACAGGUUUGCUUUGCGGCCGCCCAGGCGCCCACCACCUGCUCGACGGAACGUCCCUUCCGGGUGGCUCGUUCCUCCUGUUCUGAGUCUGAUCAGUAAUCAGUUUCUACUGGUUUAUUUUGUUUAUUUUUUUUAAGUUUUUGAUAAUCUUUCAAACUAUAUGAAAAACGAUUGGACGCCAUCUCGAGAGGUGAAUAAUAGACUUACUCUAAUCUUUAAGUUUGUUGCUCGGUCGCAUGUCUUCAUCGUGGUGAGGCGAAGCUCAUUUGGUCCUGUCCUCGCAGCAGCUUGUUUCAAUUGGUUUAUCGUUGGUUGGAUGGUUGUUACUUGUUGGAAACCAAUACAUCGACAGCAACAAACAUGUGUUUCGAAUACCUUAGUCUUAAUUUACUCCUCCUAUUUUAUAUUAUAAAACAUUUUGAUUUCCUUUUAAGUUAAAGUUUGUUAAGUUUGAUAAUAUUUAUACGCAUACAAAUAUCUAUAAUACUAAAUUAGUUUUAUUAAAUUUAACAUUAAAUAUAUUAUGUUAUUAUAUUUAUCUUGCAUUGAAAAUAUUGUAACGUAUUCUAUGAGAUUGGUUAAAAUUUCAGAAGUUUGACUUAAAAAAAUAUUAACAUCUUAUAUAAUAUGAUGAAAUUUACCGAGCAACAAACUUUGUUAAUUCAUGAUUUUCAUAUGUAUAUUGUGCGCUGACACGUGAAAGUUGUAUGCUUGCAUACAUCCUAUUUAUCUUCUUCUACCCGAUGUUGUUAUCAUCUAGUACUCCUACCAAAUACCAAAGUAACAGUGACACUCCCAUAAGUUUAAAACACAUGGUUUUCACAAAUUUUACUAAUAGUAGUACUCCCUCCGUUUUACAA